UCCCAAUUCAACAACCAAGUUACCUUGUUAAGCACGUCUUUUUAUUGGCCAUAGACACUCUAUAAAUAAUCGAGCUUCUCGGCUUUCUAUUCCUUCCUUUCCUUUUAGCUGUUAUAUAUACAAUAUCAGUUUUAAUCUCUCUCUGUAACAUUAAUCUAGGGCUUUCAGGUUUUCGAUCUGGACGUGUUUGGUUGAUAGGAAAAAGAGACCGUUACGUUUCUAAUUAGCUCUUGAAUCCAGUUUGCAGGUCAAAUUUAGAUACAUUUUCUGGAUAUUGGAAGCUAUAUCAACCUUUCUCAAACAUCUGAGUGCAAAUUAAAUGAUGUUCAGUCCUCUGCUAUAGAUGCAGUGGAGCAUUGGAAAUGAGAAGUUUCCAGGAAGCUUAUGCUUGAUGGACUGCAAGCCCAGCAGCAGUGACAAGAAGACGUUGAAGAGGUGGUUUUUUAUAGACAAAAGGGUUGGGUAAACAAAUCCUGGAAUAAGGCGCUUGAUUCUGCAUUUUGGCUCACAGGCAAUUUACAUUGUACACGUCAACCCCUUUUCUAGUCGCUGACUCCCAAGUAAUCUGAAUUCAAUGGACCUGAAAUCAAAUCAUUGUUCUCCGGUUUUAACUGAUCCUGCACCAAUAAACAAGUCAAGACUUGGCAUCCAUUCUAGUUUGUUGCCUUACUCGCAGCAAGGAGCUUCGUUCUCCUCCAGUAAGUAUGUAACUAUUCCAAGGAAAAAGCCUGCAAAGCUUGAUGAUGUUCGAUCUAAUGGUUGGUUGGAUGCCAUGAAGUCCUCUUCUCCCCCUCGGAAAAAGCUAAUAAAGGAUCUCAGUGUUGAGGUGGCUUUGGAUGAUGCUGAUAUUGCUUAUAGCUCCUGGAUGCUGAAGUAUCCAUCAGCACUCAACUCUUUUGACCAAAUUACAAAUUAUGCAAAGAACAAAAAGAUUGCAAUCUUUUCAGAUUAUGAUGGUACUCUUUCUCCAAUAGUAGAUGACCCAGAUCGUGCCCUUAUGUCUAAUGAUAUGCGUUCUGCUGUAAGAAAUGUUUCCAAGUUUUUUCCGACAGCAAUCAUCAGCGGAAGAAGCCGUGAUAAGGUAUAUGAACUGGUAGGACUAACAGAACUCUGUUAUGCUGGAAGUCAUGGGAUGGAUAUUAUGGGCCCUCUUAGUCACACAGUAUCUGAUGACUAUCCAAAUUGUAUUAAAUCUAAUGAUCAACAAGGUAAGGAGGUAAAUCUUUUCCAGCCGGCUAGGGAAUUUUUACCCAUGAUUGACGAGGUUUUUAGAACCCUCGUUGAGAAUACCAAGGGGAUCAAAGGUGCAAAAGUUGAGAAUCACAAGUUUUGUGCCUCUGUACAUUACCGUAACGUAGAUGAGAAGAAUUGGCCUACUAUAGCACAAUGCGUUCAUGAUAUUCUAAAGGACUACCCGCGAUUGCGGUUAACUCAUGGGCGGAAGGUUUUAGAAGUCCGUCCUGUGAUUGACUGGAACAAGGGAAAAGCAGUUGAAUUUCUACUUGAAUCUCUUGGGCUAAGUAAUAGGAAUGAUGUGCUUCCAAUCUAUAUUGGAGAUGAUAGUAGUGAUGAAGAUGCAUUCAAGGUAUUGCGGGAGGGUAAUCGAGGUUAUGGAAUACUGGUAUCCUCUGUCCCUAAAGAAACCAAUGCAUUCUACUCUCUCAGGAACCCUGACGAGGUCAUGAAAUUCCUCAACUCCCUGGUGACAUGGAAGCAUGAAGCAGCUAAAUGAUCUACCUAUAGCGGUAGUCAUUAUUUCUGAAUUUUAUAUUUCUUAAUAAACCGAGGCUAUUGGAGCAGCUUUGCAUUAUUUAGUGUACCUGAAUUGGCAUAUGAAUUUUUCCUUCUUUUUUUUUGGUAAGUAUUUGUAGCUUUAUCUUUGUAAAGUCUUUUAGGCCAAAAGGGGGUCCAAUUAAAUUGUAUGCACAUUUCAGUCCCAUUUAUUGAGUUUUGAUUAUUUUAUAUC